CAGGAGCGAUGAGCGGGCGAGGAUCCGCAGCGCUCCGUUCAAAAUUGUACGCCGUUUAUAAGGCUGAUGGGGUCUAUACGGAGAUCUGCAACGUGCGAAAAUUCGUGGCAUCAACGGGGCUUCGGACCUCGAGUCUACGUGGGUCUACGGUUCGACCUUUGCGUGCAGAAUGGAGGGGGAAAAGCCACUCGAAGAGUAGAGGUAGAAAUGGCGGUGGCAGUGGAGGUAGAAUACGAGCUGUGCCGGUCUUUACUCGGUAAGUCGGUACUCGUGAUCUUGGAGUUAGCCUGGGGAAUCGACGCGGACGUUUGUCCUGCCUUCAGCCGUCGGAGAAGGGAUUCUGGAAAGGCGACGUCGAAUUCAGGCCAGAAUCCAACAGGUACGGCAGUAUAGUAUCCGAAACCGUUCGCCGAUGCCAGACCGAGUUAUAACUUUACAGGUAUACGAGCGGUGAAUAAUAUUCUCGCGGACGCUUUACAUCCGAACUCCGGUGUGCCUGUUCCUCCGUAUACACGAUAUAUACUGUAAUACGUACCUGAAGUUAAAUCAGAGUUGGUACCUCAUAGAUACCCUUACUCCGGGUUCAAGGUCCAAGUGGUUGCAGUGCCCUAGACAAUACGGUCUUACGAUAGUGCAACGACUACUCGUGGUGUUAUGUUGAAAAUGUGGUAUACGACGUCGUGAGGUGUAUUCCUCACGUCUGCCUUGCUUGACGACCGAACGUGAGGUGGACGAUAUUCUAUCCCAUCGACUCGUACAGCGUCACUUUUCUCACCGCCCCCGCCUCCUUCGUCUCGCUACUGCAAAUUUAGUGUGUUUUCAGCGAGGAAUGGCAUUGCGCAUCCGGGGUGGUAAUGACGUCAAGAAAUGCUCCUACUACGUCUGGUACCUGGGGGCAAGAGAGGCGAGGGGCGUCGACGCAAUGCCCGGCGCCAUAGCCUACCUUCUGGAGCGAGAACGGCUUCAGGAACCCUUCAAGGUCACGCUGCAGAUGAGCAGCAAAGGCCUGAAGAUAAUCCAAACGGUUCACCCUGGGGGAUCGGCAAGGUCGGCGGUUAAACACUUGGUCCCGGGGCACGCUGUACUGGCUGCCGUCCAGCGAGAAGACGUUGUGGCAGCGACUCUUCUCUUGCCGAAUCCUGCCACCAAUAACCCGGUGCACGUCCACGCGUACAGAUGCGACUCUGUGGAGACUGCAGAGCUACUAGGUGGCCAACUGAAGGCGUUGGCUUCUCAAUCGGAGAAUCUAACGAGGCUGACCUUGGCUGAGACUAAGAUCAGAUCAAAUCUAGGCAGCGACGGCAGGAGCACUCGGGAAUCAGAAUCCUCGGAGGGUAGCGGGGAACUCAGACAUCACGCAUCCGGUCAGCCUGCUUCGAUCUACGAAUCUUUGGCCGCUGAGCUCAGAGCCAAGCUGGGUAGGGGAAAUUCGGCGGACCGCGAUGGAGGUGGACCGAUAUUGUUGCCGCCCAGAGAUUACGACACGGUGCAUCGACACCGCGGUAACUUGGCCGGUAUAGAGUUUCGUCGGUGUUUGAAUCAGAACAUCGUUGGGGCGAAUACCUCACUCGACAGGGGUGGAACCCGAAGCGCUACCAGCAGCGGAAUAGGCUCCGACAGUGCCGCUACGCCUCCACCCUACCAACCCCGUCAUCCGCUGGGUCCACGACCUUCGGGACCAUCGAGGGAUUCCUCUUCCGAUGACGAAUGGGGUGGACCACCGGAACAAUCGAUGAAUCCAAUGCACUUGGGAGAGUCCGCAUCGAAUCUGACUUUGCCCAGAGUGACGAGAAGUCCGGAUCGCGUGCCACCUGUGGCCAGAACGAUUUCACCACCGUCUCACGUUACGGCGCGGCGAGCCCCUGAGAUGAGGCAACGCUCCCCGAGUCCGCAUUAUCUCACGCGGCCUAAUCACGGGGAGGUUGUCAGCCCUCGUGAGAGGUUUCAAGACGCCAAAGAGAUGUUCCGCGCCAUGGAAAGAGAAGUCGUCGCCAGGCCGGCUAUCGUGAGGCAAAGGGAACCGGACCACCCAGUCGUGAACAGGUCAGCAUCGUCGCGUCGCAUCCACGAGGAGAGAAAAGCCGGCAGACAGGUUCCCAUGACGUCAACGUCCAUCGGCGUCCCUUUGGAACACACGAGACGGGCUGCUCAUCCAGAGUUGGUAGAUCGAGAUACGGACAGCGCGAACAUCAGAGCGAGGCCCAAACCUAGGACACAUCAUUAUGCUCCCGAACCACUGGCCGUCGAAACAGCCCGACUCAGGCCUAGGAGUUACUACGAAAAUCCACUCACUGGAAGAGAUCCUCGGGACCUGAAGGAGAUGAGGGACCCCAGAGAGAUCAGGGACCUACGUGGGCGAGAAAGACCGAGGGCACCGGCCUACCAGGAGUUGGCCGACCACGAAAGGUACCCCGGUCUCGAUCGAGACAGCGCAAGGCCACAGUUGGAAACUGGCGCGUCUUCUCGUUACCGGCACAGCUACGCCGAACCACCUAGACUGGGACUCGCCGCACUCCACCCUUAUUGAGCGUUGACUGAGGAUCAGUAGCAUUGAGGGAACGACGCCGAUUGAUUUUACAUCCCACGCAUUCACCGUGUCACUGUUAGCUAACACAAGAACAGUGGAAUAAUCGAUGGCGAACGUUUUUCGGAUCGGUGUAAAUAUCUUGUAAAUUUUGUCACGCGAUUCAUGUUUCCAUGAACGGCCGAUAUAUCAUUCGUCGAAAUAUUAAUAAACGAUUAAUGCUUUCAUUAAUUAGCAUGCAAUUGCGACGUAAUAUUCAUUUUUUUCUGAAAUGUGUUAGUUCGAAAUUACACGUCCGGCGAUAUUCUUACCCUUGGUAACGAUUUCGCGAUAUCUGCCCUGAUAUUAAGAUGCCAAAAAUCUCAUUGCAGAUUGUUCCAAUCCUCUAAAAGAGUCGAUAUCACGUUUCGAACGUAAUCGCAGUUACUUCAAGAAUAUCACCCACGUGUAGGUCUUUGUUAUAUGCGCUUCGUGUUUACGCUGUAUAUAAAUCGUGAAUAAUUUUAUUUAAUACAAAAACCCAUCCAUGAGCUCACCGCAGAUUCUUCGACAAGGACACUUAUCGAAACCUGUGUUGAAGCUCUUCGGCAAAUAAUCAGCAUACACGUACUAUCUGGCUGGAAAUAAGGAUAAUCGAUACCUUAUUAAAAAAGCUGAUAGUGCAGUAAGACUCCUAUGAUAAAACUACGGUCAGAAAUGGCAGUAUAAGUGGUUAGGGUAAGAAUCUCUCAUACGGAAUCGUGCGUCAGAAUAUGGGAAUUGCAAUGAAAUACAAUUGUUUCCCAACAUCGUUCGAAUUCGGAACUUAUGCUCUUAUUCGUGAUCGAGCAGUUUAUCGAAAAAAAUGGCGUAUUCAUUGAUUUCAAAGAUUAGAUCCGAAAGGACGAAGUGAGCAGGAAAAAUGUCUUCCGUUCUCGAGCCAUCAUAGCUUGAGCGCAUAAAAAUCGACUGACAAUUGGAGAUCAGAGAUGAACGUGUGCCCUCCAGAUAAAAUGUACACGUGUUUAUUUCUGUUUGUAUACGUGCAAUCAUCGUAGAAAUGUAUAGCUAACAUUUAGUCGAUAAAUUGUAUUCUGUAUUCAGCAGCAAUUUACAUUAUCGUUGUAUCGUCAAAAGGCGUCGACGAAUGUGUACGUACUAUACAUUAUUGCAACAGCAACGUACUAACCGAAAAUAUACUAAUCGUAAGCCUUUGUACUAGAA